AUGGAAGCCGGCAGACAACUGCUCUGUGCUUCGACAUUCAUCGGAUGCGACCCUGAAGGCGUUGAUCAUGCAGUUUCCAUGAUUGAGCCCCAGAGAAUGUCGAUAGGUGCCCUUGCGGAAGUAACGAUUGCAAAAUGCGGUAGAGUUCCGCCGGAUCUGAAUAUGGACUGGUUUGGCGUCUGCAGCAAUGCCAUCUUGGAGUGGACGGAGGCUGAGUACAUGUUGUCAGCUGAACGCUUUAUGACCCACUCUGGUCAGCCGCAGUUGCCUGAUGAUGCAGACAAGUUCAACCUUCGCAAGACCGACUCGGCUGCCGGAUAUGGUGCUGUUAUCUAUCCACCAGUCUUCAGCCCAGACAAGAUUUGCGAACUGAGUCGAGCAACUUUGCCGAGCAAAGACUCAAGGUUUGGCGCGCAGUCUGUAUUUAGUGGUGAAGCCUUUCACGAUGUCUCCUGGGUAGACGUUACAAACCUGCGGACCCGCCACUUAAGCAGCAUUUCGCUUCUGGAAAUGCUGGAGAAUGGGGCCGACUUUCAAACAAGACAUCCAUUUGGACUGUCGCGCGUCGCCGUGAACCUCGGAGGUGGAGACGGUGCUUGCAGGGUAGGGCACGGCCUGGACCCCGUGAAUUGCUUCUUCCCGCAAGGUUUUGGAGGCGUUGUGUUCGAAGCUAACAAAUCGCUGGAGCAAGCCUUACAGGACAAUCUGGCCCAGUUUGGGCCCAGUGUGCAGAUUGUUUUGGAAGAGGCCGCUGAAGAAACCGUGUCAGAGGUGCUUGAAGACUCGCUUUCCAAGCGACCUGCUCAAGUAGCGCGAGAUGAGGUGGAUAUAAUCAAAGUGGAUGUCGAUGGUCCUGACUGCCACCUGGUGCGAGGGCUCUCGCGAGCAGACUGGAAACCCAAGAUAUGGCACGUGGAGAUCAAUCCCCUGUUCCCACCAGGCAUUGCUGUGUGGCCACAGGGCCCCAUAUUGGGUUCUUCAACCACUGUGAACCGACAAGGAGACUUGAGCUCUGCAUUCUCGCGACGUGGAGCUAUGCAUGAGAAGCAGGCCUUGGUAGGAUGCUCGCUGCAAGCACUUCUGGAUUCGGUGGGACCGGAGUACGUCUUCGUCCACAUGGAGUUCGAAAAUGCGGUUUUGGUUCGGCAAGACAUCUCAACAGCACUGGAACCAUGGCUGUCAUCUCGUGACACAGUGCAGAAGUGGCGCGAUGGCUACUUCUGUCAUCCGAUGGCUCGUGUCCGAAUGCCGCAUGACUCUGAUCCGGACUCACUGUUCCUGCACUACGACUUCCGCAGAUGGGGAGAUCCGACUCUCUCCACUGAGCAGCUAGCACGUCUGGCGCAGGACUUCUUGGAUGCCUUCGUCCAGGAUGGAACUUACAGCUUCAACCCGGCAUCGCCAUCGUUUCGAACGGGGGCAGAGCCGGAUUCUCGAAGGCAACGUGCUCAUGUGGUACCUUACAUCGAGGACUCCAACUGUGAGUCGACGUCCAAAAGCUAUGUGUUUCAGUGGCGGCUCAUUUUGGAAAACUUAGAGCGUUUGCUGGCUUCUUGGGCGGCGGGCAACGGCCACGUGGAGGGCGUGCUGACCACCUUAGUGGAGAACUUUGCAAGCCAGCUCAACAUCGACAGGGCGUGGCCGAUCUUCAAGUCGGUGGCUGCCGCUGAGUGUCCUCUGGGCGGCAUUGCCAUUGCAACGGCCAUGCGAUGGCGCUGUCAGACAGACUUUUGGAAGGACAACCCUAUCUGCCCGGCCACUGCGGAUCUGUUUGCAGCAAUGGGUCGGCAGCUGCCGCUGGUGUUCCGCAACAGAUCCGGCCAACAAUCGGACGUGGACGUUGCCAGGUCUGCCUUUGCGGCGCCACUGGGCUGCGAGCCGAUGUUGUUGCGCUACAUCGAGACGUCGUUGCGAAGACUACCUUUGGAGAUGGUACUUCGGUCGAAGUGGCCAGUCUUCGAGUUGCUGAGUUCCAUGCACUCGGAGAGCGAGAGAUGGCAUUUGCCUAAGUGA